AUGACAGAAGAGAACAACGAAGGACUGAGAGAAUUGAGAGGUGAAGGUAGAUAUUUUGGUAUCUUGGAUGGUGAUCAGAUAAUUAGUGGGAGUGAGAUUGUCUGUAGGCAAUGUAGGCAAGAAGGUCAUAUGCAAAGGGACUGUCCGCACACGGUAUGUUCAUAUUGUGGUGUGUUGGAUGAGCAUGCAUCGAAAGAUUGUAAACUGACGAUUUUUUGUAAAAAGUGUGGUGAGACUGGUCACUAUUUUAACCAUUGCCCGCUGCGGUUUGAUGAUAACAUAUACUGUACUGUGUGUAAUUCAAAUAGGCAUGUUGAGAAGAUGUGUUCGAGUGUUUGGAGGUCGUAUGCUCUGCGAGAUGACAAUACCGAUGCCGAUUUAGGACAGCAACUAGAUAUGGAGAAGUUUUACUGCUAUAAUUGUGGUUCAUCAGGGCAUUUGGGGGAUGAUUGUAAGGAGUAUAGGUCAUCGCGUGUGCCUAAUGAUGACGGGAGUGCAUUUUCUGGUGAAAAUUUAUCUACACCGUUAAAAAAAAUGUAUUAUCAAAAAUUAAACGAAGAGUACGACUAUUACGACUAUGGGUAUAGAAAAAACCAGUCUAGUUACAAUGAUCUCAAUUGGCGACAGGCUAAUGAUCAACACUAUAUGCAAAAACCAUUACCUAAACCAACGUCCACAAUGCAGUCUCUGCCCACAUUAAACUAUCCACAGAUCCCAGAACAUUCCUACCCUGUGAGACAACAAGGUGUAUACUACAAUACUCAGAAUCAAUAUAAUGGGCAGGGAAGCUAUAUAAACAAUUACAACAAUCAAUACGACAACCAGUAUGGCAGCUAUGACAAUUACCAAAACAACAACCAGUAUAAUAACUACAACAAUUUCAACAACUACCAAAAUAACAGGAAUGAUGGAGGCCGUCUAAAUUACAACACAGUAUACCGAAAUAACAAUGAAAGCAAGAGCUACCAACCUACGAAGUCAGGCACUAUUGAUGAGGACUUUAAAAAUAUAGAUUAUUAA